ACGCGACUUCCGGCCGCUUCCGAGUCAGCUGAUCACUCCAUUCCUGUCUGCUCCGUACAGUGGUCGCGCGAGAAUGUCGGGCAAGGAUAAAUUGCAAAUUUUCCCCUCUCGAGGGGCGCAGAUGUUGAUGAAGUCUCGUCUACACGGCGCGCAGAAGGGCCAUGGCCUCUUGAAGAAGAAAGCUGACGCCUUGCAGAUGCGUUUCAGGAUGAUUCUGGGGAAUAUUAUUGAGACUAAAACCUUAAUGGGUGAAGUGAUGAAGGAAGCCGCCUUCUCUCUGGCCGAGGCGAAGUUCGCGACCGGAGACUUCAAUCAGGUGGUGCUGCAGAACGUGACGAAGGCGCAGAUCAAGAUACGCUCCAAGAAGGACAACGUCGCCGGCGUGAACCUCCCGGUGUUCGAGUCUUACCAGGAUGGAACGGACACAUACGAACUGGCCGGUCUGGCCAGAGGUGGUCAGCAGUUGGCGAAGCUGAAGAAAAACUACCAGCGGGCGGUGAAGUUGCUGGUGGAACUGGCGUCGCUACAGACGAGCUUCGUCACCCUCGACGAGGUGAUCAAGAUCACGAAUCGCCGCGUCAAUGCGAUCGAACACGUCAUCAUUCCGCGAAUAGAGAGAACUCUCGCGUACAUCAUCUCGGAACUCGACGAGCUCGAGCGAGAGGAGUUCUAUCGGCUGAAGAAGAUCCAGGAUAAGAAGAAGGUAGCCAAGGCGAAGGUCGAAGCGGAGAGAGCGGAAAUGAUUGCGGCCGGGCACAUGCUGGAGGCCGCGAACAUGCUCGACGAGGGUGACGAGGACUUGUUGUUUUAAAUAUUGUAAAUAAUGCGUUUUAAUUAAGAUGAGGUUAAUAGUCGAGAAAGAGAGAAAGAAGCGAGCACGUUCCCUUCCCGUUUCGAGCAUAAGCUCGGCUUUUCGUCGAAUCACGGUGCAAUAACAUUCCCGAUGAUUUGUGCGUAUAGAAAACGUAACGAUAAUAGAUGAUUUUUCCGAAUUGUUUCUUUCUUGUGCAGCAACCAACGCAACGUAAUAUCAGUACACGUACGUGUCGGAUUUGCAUAACGCGCAUACAUGGAAACAUUAAACAAUCGCAUAUAUAAAAUCCGAAGGACGUCACAUGGUUGCGUUCUUUAUAUCGUGCGGUCGGUUGAUCUCUCCAUGUGCUCUGCACGGGUUUGUCAUCGCGAGCCCGUCAGAGUGAAUCUUCGUUCUGCGUAUAGCGUAGAAUCGCCGUUAUUCCUGUUUAAUGUUCGAACGAUCGAAUUGUACAGAAUUUUUAUCACGAGACGAUUCGAAGGGAUAGUUGUAUAGUUGUAUUCAUCGCGAAUCAUUCCGCGGUUUGUAUGCGAGAGAAGUUGAAUGAGAUAUCUAUAUAUAUACAUACAUAUAUAUAUAUAUAUAUAU